AGCAGACCGCCCGGGCCCGGCGGCGGCUAUUCCUGAAACAUCGCACUCACGCACACUGGCAGUCGCGCGGCAGCAGCACACAGCCACACAGCAACAGAGCAGCUCAGAACCACCGGCGGUCAACAGCAGGAGCGGUCGACACUUGUCACAUUUUCACUCCCAGAGUUCAUCUACUCAAUCAUGGCCCCCAUCGUGUACCAGGACCUCCUGUCGCCGCCCGUGCAGGCGGUGGCCUUGACCGUGCGCGCUGCCCGGCUCGACUCGGUCGUACAGUACGAGAACGUGAGCCUGGCGGCCGGUGAACACCUGAAGCCCGAGUUUGUCAAGAAAUUCCCCAUGCACGCUGUGCCCGCUCUGGAAGAUGACGGAUUUUACCUUUGGGACAGCCACGCUAUUUGCGCGUACCUCGUUUCUGCAUAUUGCAAGGACGACAAACUCUACCCCAAAGACCCCAAGAAGAGGGCCAAGGUGGACCAAUUCCUGCACUUCUCCAACAGCAUCCUCUACAAUAGACUCCGCGACAUGUCUGAGCCGCUGUGGAGGGGGCAGACGAAAAGCGUCCCCGAGGAGAAGAAGCAGCGCGUACAUGAGGCGUUCCAGUCCCUGGACACCAUGCUCGAGGGCCGGCAGUGGCUGGCGGGCGACGACAUGACCAUUGCUGACAUCUGCUGCGUCUGUGAGGUCAACGGGGCAACGAACCUGGCCGGAGAUUUCUCCAAGUUCAAGAACGUUUCGGCGUGGUUCAGUCGGUGUCAGGCGACCAUGCCCGGCUUUGCCGACAUCGCAGUUAAGGGCAACGCCAUCUACAAGGGUCUUCUGGAAAAACUCAUGUCGUCUUGAAUAUUUGAGUGAAAAAACAAAAUUACAAAUGUACCUGUCACCCACCCGCGAAGUAUUUCCUGUAUUAUUUGCCAAAAAAUAAAUUCUGUUUUAAAAAGA